CCACACAUCAACAACCCUCCACUUUCUGGUACCAAAUUGACCAUGGGUAGCUCACAGUCAUCUCAUUGUGAUCCCAAUAUGGGUGAUAUCGUCAUAGUCGGAGCUGGUGCAAGUGGCAUUUCAGUUCUGAUGCACUUGGUUGAGAAAGCCAAAAAUGGGAAAAGCUUGCCGCCUGUCACUGUGAUUGAGAAGGAUACACGUUUUGGCCCUGGGCUAGCAUAUUCUUCUCUGUGCUCGGGCACCAUCAUCAACAUGCACACCGACACAAUGGGGUUAUACUUCAAUGAUCCCAAGCACUUCUCACGUUGGAGAAGCGAGCUGGAGAGUGGGCCGUUUCCAUCCCGAGAUAUCUAUGGAAAUUACCUCGAAGACAUGUCACAUCAAGCACUCAAUGCGGCCCAGCAACUAGGGAUGAGCGUUUCUUUCGUUCACGAUGAAGUCACAGACAUUGAGCGCCAGAAUGAUCAGUCAUUUCUCUUGACUUUGAGCAGCGGCGGGCAAUGUCUUGCAGGUCAAGUCGUGAUGGCACCGGGAAACUUCACCUCUACCGCGUAUACGCAUCUCAUGAAUCAACCACAAUUUCUCGCCAGUCCAUGGCCCACGGAAAGCUUGAAAAAUAUCCCUGCCGAUGCUCCCGUUUUGGUCAUUGGAUCCCGACUGUCAGCUGUGGACACCGCUAUAGCCCUUGCGCAGAAUGGACACCAAGCUCCUAUCACAUUCAUGUCGCGCAGUGGGCGAGUGCCUACAGUUCAAGGGGAGCCGGAGCCUUUUCCUCGCCGAUAUUCUCUUCACAUACUUGCACGUGAGGUCGAAGCAAAUCCAAGUGACGCUCUGAUCAAGCUCAUGACAUGCUUGAUGGACGAGAUCGAUUAUAUCAACAAUGGCGAUUGGAGCUGGUUUCGGAAACAUGCCUCCCCGCUCGAAGAACUGCAAGCUGAUAUCAAGGCCGCACGGGAUGGAAACGUUCACUGGCAGACUGUUCUUCGCCACACCGCACCUGUUAUAGAGCGAUAUUGGAGCUGUUUACCAGUCGAAAGUCAAAAACUGUUCUUGGACAAGUUCUUUAGUCCUUGGAUGAGAUACCGCCACGGGAUGCCCAUACAAAAUGCCCAAAAGAUCUUGGACCUAAUGGAAAAAUCCCAAUUGAACGUCGUCGCUGGUGAAAGAGUCGAUUGGGACGCUGAAAGGAAAGUUUUCUUCGCGAACACCUCAUCGGGACUGGUUGAAACAUCCUAUGUAGUUGAGGCUACAGGUCAGGAAUGCCAUCUCGACCGGAUUUCAUCUUCGUUGAUUCGGUCGCUAGUGACUAAAGGCCUCUUCAAGUCUCAUCCAACAGGCGGAGUGGAUGUCGAUUUUGACACUUUUGAAGCAGCACCCGGACUGUACACUAUGGGAACGCUAACGCGUGGCACACACUUCUAUGUGAGCGCCAUUGAUCGUGUCGCGGCGCAUGCUGCGCGAAUCGCGGACGCGUUGACCCAAGACCCUCGGGCAAAGUCUCUCCAUGUCGCCAUUCUCCUGGGAUCUGAUUUUCUAUCCCACAUAAUAGCUAGUGAGCUCAUUCCAAAGCUUUUGUCUCAAGGGCACAUGCCUUUCAUUUUUAUUUGUCCGGAUGAACAAGGUUCAGGAACCCUCAAGGCACCGUCGCUCGCCCGGCGAGAAUCGCAUUUCUUUGACGUUGAGCUCUUGCGAGAUCACUUUCAACCGCUCCUGCACGCUCAUAACCUUAAAGACGGCAGGUUAAUGACUAUCGAGCAGAUAGAGUCCACGUAUGGACUGUUCGUGCAGGAUAUCUCUUCAGUAGAUGACAAAACAUUUCUGAACACACUCAAGCAUCAAUUCAUCGACUUGGGAAUCUUGCUGAGGGGCAGUGACCGUGCUCGAAAGAUUGCUGCCAGCCAUUUUUCCUCGGAGUCUGGACAUCUCCUCAAUCUGAAGCCCACAUUUCGGCGAUCGUCGAACGGCAGGGCCUCCAGAAAACCAUCUAUCCGCUAUCAGAUUACCGUUGUUAGUGAAGCAGGAGAUCUGAGUGAACUAACUGAGACUCACUACAAGAGCCUCAACUUGCUCCAUGAUUUGGAAGAUAGUAAAGAUCAUGCUGUUGGUCAAGUGGUCCAGGCGGCGCUACAGGUCACCGAGUCGCUGAGCCGUGGGAAAGGGUUGCCUAAAACUGAGCCGACGCAAAGGCAUAUGACCGGAAAGCACCCAAGGGGGCUCUCCCACGAGGAAGCCCCAGCCUGGAGUCAAGAAUUUGUUGUCAGCACCUUGGUAGACUCAUUCGCAUCGCCUGGCAAGAAGCAAGAAUUGAGCACGUACCUGAACGAGGUUGUUCGUACUUGGUAUGCAAAGCAGGCCAAUGCAGAGAUAGGCGAUCGAGUCAUGGUUUGA